AUGUCUGAAGGCGGAAACGGCGAAACGCCGGGAGGAGGUAGCCUGGCACAGCUCUCGAAAGAAAACAGGAAGUUGGUACGAAGAAUUGAAAAACUGAAAACUGAAAAUCAAAAACUUGAAAACGAAGUAACAAUACUCCGAGAAGAGAACAAAAUAGCAUCUGGAAUCCGAGAACAAGCCACACAGUACGAGAUAAUACUGAGCGAACUGAAGGAAUUGGAAGACAGUAAACUCAUAUUGGAGGAACAGCUUCAAUAUGUAGAGUUUGAUUUGGAAUCCUUGAAGCAGGAAAUGGCGAUAGUUAAGGAAGGGUGCACGGAUGCACAGGAAGUCAACAGACAAUUAUUACAGUAUCGGGAAAACAUGGAAUUCGCUUAUGAAUUGGAAUUAUCAAAUGCACGAGAUGGAAAUCGCGAGCUAUCACAGCACAUAAUAAUACUGGAAUUCAUACAAGAUACGAUAGAAUCGUCUUUAAGUGACGCGCUUAGCCAACUGACAAUUAUGAAACUCGAAACAAAUCAGUGUGAGGUACAUCGGGAUCAAAUUGAUACGCUGAACGCCUGUUUGAUAUCUUUGCAAGAGAGCGCUGAAUGCAGACCCUCUCGCCCGAGGGCGGCGUCCAGCCAAAGUAAUUCGGAGAAAUGUGUAAUAUGCCAUGACCGAGAAAGAACGGUUGAAAUUCAACCAUGUGGACAUAUCGUCAUGUGCGACAUUUGCGCCGCUCUGCAAUACGAAACAAACGGAACGUGUCCGAUGGACAGGGGCAUAAUCGAUUCGAUGAGAAAUAUCGAUGAACCCGUUGAAUGA